UAGGAAGUUAGAAACUCUCUCAUCAUCGCUCUUAGUUUUGUUAUUUCGUAUAUCAUUUUUUAUUUGUUUCAUUCAAAUUUUCUUCGAAAUUAAUUGUUAUUCACUGUGUGGAUUAUUCCUUGACGAACAAACAAACGGCAAUCAACACACCGAGAGUGUUCGAGAAGAAACAAUAUUCAAAGUUUGAGUGUUAAAUUGUUAUUGUUUUUUGUGUGUGUACUAACGUCGAAAAAUUUUCACGACGACAAAAUAACUGCUGCAAUUAAUUGAAUACGAGAAGAGCAAAAAAAAAGCAGUGUGUAUUGAUUGGAAAUUUUGCGAAGCGAAUAAACAACAACGACAAAAAAAAAUAUUGUCAUUGAAUUCAGUAUAUUUUUUUGGCGAAAGGGGGAAAAACAGUAUAAAAAUUGACGAGCUGAAUUGAAGUACGGCCGAAUCGUGGACAGUAACAAUUUUGUUGACGGAACGCAAACAUAUUCCAAGAAAAAAGAAUAAAUAAAUUUCGUCCGAGAGACUACAGGAUUAGAACGUGAAAAGUGAACGAGAAAAUCAACAAGAGCAACGAAUAAUGCAACAAUUAUGAUCAAAAUUAUUCAACCAAUAAAGUAAAAAUCAACCGAAGGAAAACCGAAAAGACGACUUAAGUUUACAAAUGUUUAACGCAACACGAAAACGAAGUGAUUCGUCUGUGCAGCAAUCUACAAAUUGCAUUACAAAAGACAAACCAAAAUUUGUGCGGUGUGUAUCGAUAGCACGUCUAUUUGGGAAUGCGUAUAGUACGCAUCAACACAUGUCACAUCAAAAAAACGAUGCCAACAAUGGAAAUAUUAAAACGGGCAUUUUAUCUAAAAAUCGUUAUCACACAAAUGUAGCAACGUCCAAAUCGAAAAUUGAACGCUUCAAAAAUCGAUCGGAAUCAGAACAACAAACCGAUCAAGUCAAUGGCACCGAUUGUACGGAUUUUUGUAAAACAACUACUACAACGUUGACCAACGAUAACACCAACACCAACACCACCACCACCAGCAGCCACAACGAUAAAUUACCAAUCGAAGAUUUCUGUGAUGAAAAAGAUUUGAGCGCUCGCGCCUUCCGAACGAUAUCGCGUGGAUUGGGUCUUAUUUGGCGACGAUCGUAUAGCGUCGAAAUAAGCACACCCGAUCCCGAAUACAAAGUAUUUUAUCUCGGAAACGUGUUGACCGGAUGGGCAAAGGGUGACAAUUGCAUAGAAAAACCAUUGGCAACACUAUGGCGAAAUUAUACGCAAAUAAAUAAGCCCGAUGUUGCGAUGCGAAUUCUGGUAUGUUCGUCUGGAUUGAAAGCGACAACAAGACAACAUGGCAUUACCGAGUACUGGAAUUCAAAAAUCACAUUUUGCUGUGCGCCAAAAAAUUAUCCGCGCGUAUUUUGUUGGAUUUAUCGACACGAAGGUCGAAAAUUGAAGCACGAACUUCGAUGCCAUGCAGUUCUAUGCCCAAAAGAGUCAAUCGCCGAAGAGAUAUGCAAAACGCUCAAGGAGAAUUUAACGCAAGCGUUAAAGGAGUUUAAGCGUGACAAAAUGAAUCGUCAAAAUGCUCGCCUAUCGUUGGUCAAUUCAUUGUACGAGAAUCCAAGUAUGCCACGACGUAAGAUAUUGUUAAGUGUUGGUGCAAAUAACUAUCGACCGCCAAUGGAACGAUCAAAAUCCGCUCCAAAAUUGAUGGCCAUCGAAGAGGCGGUUGGCGAAGAAGAGGAAAUUUGUUCGAUGUCAUCGUUUAAAAAGAGCCAAAGCCAUAAUAAUACACCCUAUACGAAUGGUGAUUUAUUUACGGUGUCCACAUUCGAUCGAAAGUACUGCAAGCGUAAUAGAUUAAAUCGUGAUAUGGCAAAUGCACGACGUAAUUCAUUGUAUGAACAAUCUAAGUCACGUAGCACUGAUGUGAUUAAAACAAACGACGACGAAGGCGGCGGCAGCGGUGGCGGUUGCAAUACAUUUGAUUCAAAAUUCACCAUACCGAAGCAAACAUCACCGGCCGCAUACGAUGAAGAUGAUGAUUUUCAUAGUCUUUUAAUGACAAACGAUUAUGAUAUCAAAUCAUCGUUGUCGGGUGAAAUUUUAUCAUAUUUUGAUACCAAAUUAAGUAAAUCAACAUCAUUAAGUCAAAGCGAAAUUGAUUCACAUCCAAAUGCAUUGGGUCCGGCGAAUAGUUGCGUGGCCAACGAACCAUUUGAAUUUGAUUCAUUCAAUUCAACGGAUGAUUUUUGUAGUUUGGGACAUGACACCACCAAUUUCAAUCAAAAUGAUGUACUAAAGAGUUUAGUUAUGGUAACAUCAGACUCAAAGCAUCUCAUUAAAUCGAAUGUAGAUAAUUCAAAUGUGAAUGAUAAUUGUAUGAAACCAAUUGAAACGAUGGCAUUUGUAAAUUCAAAUGGUAAUGUGCAUGGUCCGUUAUUAGACAGUGAUGAAGGUUCAAUAACAUCUGGCUGUGAAACGUCUAGCAUUAUCACAACCGCACACAUGGACGAUCUUAUUAAAUCAGAACGUGAAAUUGAAGCCAUUAGUCUAUCGCUGGCACGAUUGCCAUCACUCAAAAAUUCCAAUAUUUCAUCGAAUUUGGAAUGUGUCAACGAAUCUGAUCACAAUAAUUCGACCGAUCACAAUUCAACAAUUCGAAAUAAUAAUGAAGAAGAUUCCGAAUUUAGCGAUGAAUCUGGUUUCGAUGAAAAUAAUAGCGCAAAACCAACUCUAGCACAUAAUUUCCGAAGUGCUACCGAAUCUAUAUGCAAUGCAGCCGGUGCCUCUGCUGUUGCAUCUACUGCCGACGCAAAUAAUAACAUCAAACACCCAUUUAGCAGCUCGAAUACAUUGAAAACAAUGGGACGUUUAAGAAUUAACAUACCGAAAAAUGCAAAAUCAAUUGAUAUUUAAGCCGCAACACCGAAAAGAGACAUAAUUCGAGAAACAAACAAACAAAAUAAUUAUGAAAAACACUUAAUCCAUGAUUGUAUGUCUCUUGUAUCUCAUACAUGAGGUAUACGUUAGUAUUUUUGAGCCAAAUAUUUAAGUUGUAUAUAAACAUAAAAUUUCGAAAUAAUUUUUAUAGCACGAAAUUUAUCUAUUUAAUGUAGUUUUUUACACACACACACACAAACACACACAAAAACACCCAUUUAUUAUAUAUUAUAUUAUAUUAUUUGAGGAAAAUCAAAAGAAAUAUUUAGUUAUGGUGCAAUGUUUAUUGGUAAUAAAUUUAAAAGAAACACACACAUAAAUAGAGAAAAAAUUAUGAUUUAUUUUUGAUCAUUGAUUAGAUUGAAUGAAAAAAAAAAAAUUAGGAAAAGAAACAGGUUGACAGACUGCGGAACAAAUUAAUAUUAUAAACACAUCCGAACAUUUUGUACACCAAAUAAGCAAGUCUUAAAUAGGUAUUUAUAUAAUCGCUGAAUUUUUGUUCGGCAUACUUUGUUGUUGAUCAAGUAUUAGAUUGUUCAUAACUCGCAGUUUGCCAAUCUUACAGUAUAAGUAAGGCUGAAAAUAUUUAUAUAAACCAAAAAAUAAAUAAAUUUAUAACAAUUUAUUGUAUUUUCCAA